CGCGUCGUCAUAGAACUUCAAUCAGUUCCUGGUGGCGGUGCGCUACAAGGUUUGUAUCAAUCUUGGACAAAUCUACGACGUUCACUGGCCGGACAAAGCCUUCGUGACCUUGCUUCCGCUCGACCGGGUCAGUCAGGUACAUGGCAGCACAACAGAGCAUUUGUCUCUCACAUUCCGGAUGUCCUAUCGUUUGAUUUUAACGCCUAUCCAGAGUUUGCAUUCGCUCUUGGUGUAUGUGAAAUUGGCCUGAUUUUGUAUUGGGGUCAGCUGCGGAUCGCUCGGUUUCCAUGGCCGAGAAUUGUCGAGAUCUCUUUACACCGGUCACAGUUUCAUCUGACAGUGCGCGAGACAGAUGAGGUGAGCUUCCAGAGUACAGUUCAGGACAACGAAAUACUGGGACCAGGACGUGGCCGAGCGGCGGCUGAGGAGAUCGAAACCGCAGUGAUUGUUUUACCACCCAGACCCGUGAUUCCUGCACCUGUUUCCAUCCCAGAACCUUCUAGUUCGGUGCUCACGUCCCCGGAAGUUCGAAAUCGCUCUGCAACAAGGCCACAAUAUGCGCGGAUUCGACACUGGCUGCAAUGUCUUAUUCCGCGAACAGUGGAAUCUGAUUCGCCGGAAGCAACUCGUCCCUUUCAACGUCGGCGUCGACUCCGUCGGGAUCGUUCUUCUCUCAGUUCACCGGUGACUAACACACGAUCCCCGGAUGGGGAUGCGUGUAGCCAUCGGAGACCGGAGAAUCCUGACACUCUGCCUUCCGAAGAUUCCCCAAAUGAACCCUGGCUCCGUCGCGAUAACCUCAGCGGGCAGCACUCCAGUACCGCAUUUGAUCCCGGGAGCAGAAACGAUCCGGGACUGCGUGCUUCUGCGAUGUCCCCUGGACUGGCUGAAGCAACACCGACGCGCUCGCAUUGGGUAUCUCGAGCAGUGAUGUCUCGUCUGAACGAGUCUCCCAUGGUUCCCACAAUCCGUCGUGUUCGAUCUGCUCUCACUGGCUCUCAGCGAGAUUCAUCGGGACGUACCGGAGCACCCAGUGCAACCAGACCGGUCAGUUUUUCCGCGAUGCAUAGACGAGCCGUGUCGAACAAUACCAGUCGACCAAUCCCGCCUCCGCGACCUAAACAACCUCCGACCCCGUCUGAAGGACGUCCGAAUUGGCUAACCAGAUCGCUCACUAUGUCACCAUCGUUUAAUGAGUCCGGACAAAUUACCCCCAAUUUGAUUAGCAAUCUGGAUUCCAUUCCUCUCGUACCGACGUUUACGGCUGUGUUCACACCUGACGGACGUCUGGUGCAGACGUCUCGUUUAAAUGCGACUUCUUCCGUGGUAAAGGAGAUAUCAGGCAACGGGUUGACUGAACCCACUUCAGAAGAAUUAGCUGUCAUCGAUUGCGCUCCACAACAGACUAGCACACCAAACCACACAAAAGUAAGUUGUGUGUGUGUGUUUGUAGUUAUGUGUUGGUGA